AGAAGUCUCGAACCUGGGGAGACGCUUGGGUUGUCGCUUCACGGGCCUACCGACCCGUUAGUUUAGCCUAAUCCAUCUUCGGUCAUCCCAUCGACCAGGUAUAUAUCUACAAUGCACGCUCGCAGACCUGCACCCCAGGUUCUGUCAAAUUUCUUCUUCUUUUUCUCUUCUUGAAUACGGGAUCUAAGAAUUGCGACUAUACCACGGACAUCGUCGUAAGAGCAGCCUCAUGGAUCAAGCACAUCUACAACCAGGCCAACCCCGCCGGAUCGACCAAGAUGAGAGAGUUCGCAAAAAGGACAUGAAAGUCCUAGUCCUCGGCAUGCCACGAACAGACACAGCAUCCCUCGCCAUUGCUCUACGCAGACUGGGCUACACCCCGCACUCCAUGCGCGAACUUCUCAUCCGACCCUCUGAAAUUCCCCUCUGGAACGAAGCCGCGCAUCUAACCCUCCUCACCAAAUCCCGCCUCCCACCAGAGAAACGCCUCUACCGACCAUACGGGCGUGCCGAAUUCGACAAGCUGCUCGGCGACUUCGACGUCGCCAUGGACCUCCCAUCCUGCGUGUUCGCCAAGGACCUCGUGGAAGCGUACCCGGAGGCCAAGGUCAUCCUCACGCACAUCAAGUACGAGGACUGGGAGGCCAGCAUGCAGGUCUCCAUCUGGGCGCUCCUCACCUGGAAGCUCUUCAACUUCUGCCGCACCUUCAACCUCUCGCAAAUGGCCCCGCUCCUCCAGCUGCUGCACUCCCUUUUCACCGCGCACAACGGCAACGUGUACGACGGACCGCAGGCAAAAGAGGCGUACGAGGCUCACUACGAGAAGGUCCGGCAAUUAGUUCCCAAGGACCGAUUGCUAGAGCUCAACAACAACAAAGAAUGGGAGCCGCUGUGCAAAUUCCUCGGAAAGGACGAGGUGCCCGAGGAUGUGGGAGCCUACCCAAGGGUGGAGGAGGGAUCGCAGAUGAAGGAGCAGAUGACGAGUACGUGGUGGGGCAUCGUGCAGCAUUUCCUAUUCGUGUUUGUGAUUCCGGCUCUUACGGCACUGCUGGCGACCGCGCUGGUGUACUGGCGGACGGAGCUAUUUGAUCUGUUGGAGGUGUUGAUGAAGAAGGCCGAGGCGUAUAUAAGCGUAUGAAUUGUUGGUCGGUUUGUUCCUUAG